AAACUUGACAAAUCGGCGUUUUUGAAGAAAUCGCUUGUCAUUCAUCCAACACAGAAAAGUUUAUUUGAAUUCACAAAACAAAAAUGGCUUUACUUGAUUUCUGCCGUUUAGACGAGAAAAUUAAUUUGAAACCCGUCGAUUCUCUCGCUUCUUUCCAAAAUGACGUCGUUGGAUACAGCGAAAACUUCUUAAACAGCACACAACUCGCAACGCCGCCGUUUGCAAACCCUGUAGAAACCCUUGCGCAGUUCAAUCAGAAAGAUGAGACUGGGAAAGCUAUCAAAAUCAACUUCGAUCACGGUACCACUACUCUUGGCUUCCGCUACAAGGGUGGAGUACUAUUGGCUGUGGACUCCCGAGCCACUGGUGGCCAGUUCAUCGGCUCACAGUCCAUGAAAAAGAUUGUGGAGAUCAAUGACUACUUGCUCGGUACUCUCGCCGGCGGUGCGGCUGACUGUGUCUACUGGGACCGCGUACUCGCAAAGCAAUGUCGCCUCUACGAGCUUCGCAAUAGGGAGCGCAUCUCCGUGGCGGCGGCCAGCAAGCUGAUGGCUAACAUGGUGUAUAACUACAAGGGCAUGGGACUUAGCAUGGGGAUGAUGCUCGCUGGUGUUGAUAAGAGGGGCGCUCAGCUGUACUACGUAGACUCGGAAGGCACCCGCACUCCCGGCAAGGUGUUCUCGGUGGGCUCGGGCUCCGUGUAUGCGUUCGGUGUGCUCGACAGCGGAUACAGCUGGGACUUGUCUGAUAAGGAUGCUCAAGAGCUCGGCCGCCGCGCUAUCUACCACGCGACUCACCGCGACGCGUACUCGGGCGGUAUCAUCCGCGUCUACCACAUCAGCGAGAAGGGAUGGGUCAACAUCUCCAACGAGGACUGCUCCGAGCUCCAUUACAAAUAUGCCGCCGAAAAGGGCAAUGAAGUUUAGGUUGUAAUUUAAAAUAAUAAAAAACUGCUAUUUGUAA